GUUAUUUUUAUUUUAUAUUUCAAAUGUAGUUAUUAUUGUUAUUAUUUAUUUUAGAAAUUUAAAAAUUAUAAUGUAAAUAUUGACUUGCCAUUGCGUGACGAAAUCUGUUACAUUGGUUAAUAAAGAAAUAUGAAUAUAGUCGGUACCUGAAUGCAGCACAGAAAAACUAUAGUUACACUAACGGAUCACAUGAAAGGAUAAAAGAUGGUAAAAAAACAUGGCUUUGUUUCUCUUGCCUUGCUGGCAUUAAUAUUUAUUACCUUUUGUUCUAAUUCUAAUAAUAGUUUUCUAUUUAUAUGUCGUGUCAUUAUAGAAAAAAAAAAUGGUUACCGAAGAAAAUACAUUUGAAUUUAAACGGACUGCGUGCUCUUAUCUGAUCACAGAUUCCCAUUUAUUAUUUCAAAAUAUAAAUAUAAACCUAUUUUGAAUUAACAUAUUGGUUUAUAUGUUAACCUUCAAGAUGAGUUAAGCAGAUCAUACAACUAAUGUUCCCUCCAAUAAAUUGUCCUUUCCAUCGUUUCCUAUCUUCAUUCAUUCAUAGAAGUCUCAUUCAAUUAAUUUAUUUUUAGGCACAAAGUUAAAAACGACGAUUUUGGUGAUUCUUUUGCUGUCGAGUGCGAAAUCUCCCGUGCUAAUUUUGUAAGAAGCAAUUGAACCUGACACAAAGUCUAACGGAACACCUCAACAUUAGCAUUUUAAGUUCAACCUGACAAAAGUUAUCUGUGAUCUCAUUUUAGUUAGUAAAAACAAUCGCCUAAAUUAGAUUAAGUGGCAAGAACAUUCGGAACUCUAUAUAACAAAUGUUAGUUAAGGGUAUCCGGCUCGAAGGACCAAGUAAUUCAGAAUACAAAAUGGCGGCAUAGUGUUGUGAUGGAUGACAGAUAGUGGGAUUUUAGUUGGAGGAUGGGAUAAUGGGCGUUAGGGUGUUGGGAUCUUGAAGAUGCCGCAUGCGCACUCGAGUUCGGCUGCGAGCUCGGGCGGUGAUGACCUGGGCUCCACUGAUGAGGUCAAAGUGUUUAAGGACGAAGGUGACGGGGAAGACGAGAAGAGGAGCUCCGAGAACCUCUUGGAGGAGAAGUCUAGUCUUAUCGAUUGGACGGAGAGUGAGGAGAAAUCCGGCGAGCCUUAUUCCGGUAAAUUAUCGGUAAAGUCGGAUCUAAAUCCUGUUUUCGGUAAAUUUGAGCCUCACCCGGCCGCUAGUUUCAACAUGGGCUACCUCAUGGCACCGUACCCUUAUCCCAAUGGCGGAGCGCAUCCUCUUCCCGUAUCUAUGACCAGCAAGAUGGGCUUGCCAACAGGAGGCGGUCUAUCACUAUUUUGUCCUGGUGGUGAUCUGGGACAGCCACCGCCAGCCCACAUGGGCAUCCCCCCGCCUUACCAACUCGACUCCAAGUUAGCAGCAGGGUUGGCGCGGACCCCCAUGUACCCUUUUCCUGGGGGCACGUACCCUUACCCCAUGCUCAGUCCUGAGAUGUCACAAGUAGCAGCUUCGUGGCAUACCCCGAGCAUGUACCCCAUAUCAUCGGCGGCGAGCGGUUUCCGAAGUCCGUACCCCACCUCGCUGCCGAUACCAAGUUCUAGUCUAUCCAGUGAAUUAUAUCGGUUCUCGCCAACCCUAGGCGGUGGUCUAGGUCUAGGCCUGGGCCCAGCGUUGGUGCCGCCGCCCUCCUCGAAAGCCGACCUCGACUCCCACCAUGCACGGUAUGCGAGGUCGUUGGAGAAAGGCAGCAGCGGUAGUGCCAACGAGAAACCAGCUGAAAGUUCAGCGAACAGUAACAACAAAGAGCAGAAUAAGAAGCCUCAUAUAAAAAAACCACUGAACGCCUUCAUGUUGUACAUGAAAGAAAUGAGGGCGAAAGUGGUCGCAGAGUGCACGCUCAAGGAAUCCGCAGCCAUCAACCAGAUACUUGGCAGACGGUGGCAUUCCUUGAGUCGCGAGGAGCAAGCAAAGUACUAUGAAAAAGCGAGACAGGAGAGACAGCUCCAUAUGCAGCUGUAUCCCGGUUGGAGUGCAAGGGACAACUACGGUUAUGGUUCCAAAAAGAAAAAACGGAAAAAGGAUCGCAGUCCCGCUGAGCUGGGAGGAAAUAAUUUGAAGAAAUGCCGAGCGAGGUAUGGCCUCGACCAACAAAACCAGUGGUGCAAACCCUGCAGGCGGAAGAAAAAAUGCGUACGCUACAUGGAAGCCCUGGCAGCGGCGUCAGGGACCAUCGCGAUGCCGAUGGCGACCCCGCAGUCACCAUGUUCUGAAGAGGAUGUGAAGCUGGAGGAAAUGUCAGACGCGUCCAGCGACGGAGACAUCGACACACCCCUCAACUCCGCCUCCAGUCCGGGAGGGCUCAGCGCCCUUUCCUCUCUAGCGUCACCAGCGUCCGACCCCCCACCAAACCCUCCCCGCAACCCUGUAGGGACCAACCCCAGGGACGCAAAUAACCCCCUCUCUGUCGGCCAGCUGACAUCCCAGUCGUGGCCGCGAGCGGCGCAAGCGAGACCGGGCCACGAAGUCAUAUCAGUAUCAUAGUGACAGCGGAAUCUUAAAGGUGCCUGCCAGAACACGACAGUGCGCGGACCAGUGGCGUUUGAUACAGUGUACCAUAUAAUAAUUUUAGCUUGAGAGACUAACACAACCGAGGUAAAGUUAUAAUAUUGUGCAACUAGUCAUAUUUUUAUACACUGAAAAUGAUCACUUCACUAUUUCAACGGUGUUCGUGCUCACUAGUUUUUGAUGUGAUAAUUUUCAAUAAGCGCCAUCUGUGAAACGUUGUUAAAAACAAACGAGCGCCAUCUAGUAUUCGGGUCCGGAAACGAGUCGUGUUGGUUGUGAUACAAGUAAGGACAAUAGCUGCUACGUUUAGAACUUCACGUAGUUGUCUGCUUACAAGUCCGACGAUUAUUUUUACAGGUGCUAAAAUGUUUUGUUGUUGUUUGACAACGAGAAAUACUGGCAUUUUAGUGUAUAAUUAUUGUUUAUAAAUCUAUCAAACGUUUACAAACAAAUUUUUUGGCCAUUAGCGAGGGUGAAGACGUGGAGCAUGCUUGUGAUUAUUAAGGCAACGCUUUAAAAAUAAACAAUUAUUUAAAAAUCGGAUGCUGCCCCCCCCCACCCCCCUCCACAACCUACUUAAACCCCAGUAAUUUUACGUUUGCUACCGACGGGCUGUGCUCGCCUGAAGUCCGACUGCGGGGUGCAAAAUGCAUACAAAAAUCUGCGUGAGCUUGUUAAUUUUUAAAGGUCUUAUUCGCCAAAUCAGUAUGUCUUGUUUAAUUUAAAAACUAUUUACUAUUACAUAAAAAAUAAUGUGCAUAUUGAUGUGUUAGUUUAAUCUAUCCAGAAAAUUUUAAGUCUUAAAUCAGUCCCGUUUCCUUGUAAAAUGUAAACCUGUUUAAAGAAAACAGUUUUUGCGAUUUUGUUCUCUGUUAUGAAAGGACCGUGUCCUGGAUAGUAUCUAUGGUUCUGGGCCAUGACGAAGAACCGUGCCCCGGAUAGUAUGGGUUCUGGGCCAUGACGAGUCCCGAAGUAUUAGAUAGUGCAUCACCUAUAUCGGUAGUAUAUAUCGUUCUUAUGAACAUAUUUGGUGGGGAUACCUCGUUAGCAAAAAAGUUAACUGCGUUAUAUUAUAUUAAGGUGUCAGGAACCCAUUUCAUUUGUGACAAUAUCGCCUAUAAUUUAUCUGUGAAAUAUUAUAGGACACUGUAAUUCUUUUUACGACCAGAGCACCUCCUCUCGGUGACGGUGGUAACGGUCAAAAUUUAAACUUUGAAACUGACAAAAAAAUGCAAGGAAAAGACGCAAUAAAGUCUUUCUAUUGUACCUACAAAAAUGGGGUUCGAACCGUAGGUUGUUGCGCUCACAUAGCAAUUAUUAUUUGGUAUUCAGGAUAUACAAAGCAUCUGACACAGCUAAUAAAACUUACUUCAACAGAAAUGGCAGACAUAUUUUGAAGAUUUGAAUGAUUCUGAUGAAGAAUCUUCACAGAGAUAAAUGUCAACUAAGUCAUCAAUGUUGGGUUGAAUUUGGAUAACAAUAAAACUAUUUUUCUGCGACUGUACUCGUGAACCCCUAGCCUUUAGUAUGUGAUUCAUCAAUGGGCGCACCAUGGCCCAUAUCGGUACACGGUUCUUUUAUCAAUCACGUGUUAAGGAAAUGAUAAAUGAAAUACACAAAUAUCAGUCCCAAAUGUCUCGUAAUUGUUGACAAAAAUUGAGAUUUCUAAUAUUUGUGAUUCGUCGCCUUAAAUCGAUUGAUAUUUUUUAUCCACUUCACCUGGCUACUGGCUCAUAAAUUUGAUGAAACUUCCAAAUAGCGCCAUCUAGCGUUGAAGUUCUGCUCUAAUCGAGUAUAACUUUAAGCUCGGUGAAAACGUGGCCUAACAUUUUCUUUAAAUUUUCAUUAAGACAUCUAUAACUAAUGUUUAGUAUUUCUCGCAUCCAAACCACUUACUUGUUGGGAAUAUUACUGUUACUAAAUCGAUAAGGUUCCUUCAGCACGAAUGAUUGAAUUCACACACACACACAAACGCCAUUCUAAAUGAUCUCAAUAACGAGUCCGAAUCGAGUCAUUUGCAUUUUUAUAUUUCACUCAUAAUUUUCUAUCCAAAUAAAUAAUUUUAAAUAACAUUUCUAAAUGCACUUACGCUAUCCAUUGUCUAUGAAUAAAAAAAAAAAAAUAGAAUAACCAUUGAUUUAUUCUUUAUUCAUUGUUAUUGAAUAAAAAUAAUAUUAGGUUCAAAUAAUUUUGCAAACGUGAUUAAGAUACAAAUCAAGAGUGUACAACUCUUGCUCAUGAUUGAGUAAUAGAUUGUUAACAGUCGCACAUACCUUUAAAAACACAUAAUACGAUAAAAAAAAUAAGACACCCAUUAGCACUUUGAGAUUUGUUAACUUUUUUUUAAAGAAAUUUUAGCUUGGAAGCAAGUCUUUUUGCCAUAGUUUUUUUUUUUAAUCUAUUUAUGAUGGCUAGUCAAAACAAUUGUGCCAUUUUGGUUAAUUAUUGUUUAUUUAAAAGGAUUCAAAAUAAUUAAGUUAACUCACCACUUCAUGCUGUGAAUGUGGGAUCUAGAUUCUAAAUUAAAAAAAAAUCAUAUUAUGAUUUUUAUUUUCAUAUUUUCAUUCAUAUAAUAAUUUAAUAAUAUAAUAAUUCGGAUGAGGAGACCGCAAAAGUGGUCUAACCGAAAUGGGCCAUUUUGUGUUACAAAGUUGUUGUCUACCCCAAUGGGAAACAGGCGUGACGGUUAUUGCAUUGAAACAAAAAUAUUUUUUGUAUGUCUCUUGACUUUUCCUCUAUUAAUUAAACAUUCUGAAAAAAUAGAUAAAUAAAAUUUAAAAAAAUUAUAAAUGUAAAGAGUCUAAAGGUGUUUGGAUAUUUCGAUAUUUCUUUAUUAUUAUUUAAAUCAGUUUUUGAACUUAGAUACACUAUCUCUUGAAUUAAAGAUCGGCGACGCACAAGUGACUCCUCUCGUGAAUCAGGUAUUCAUGGGCGACGGUACCAGAGGGAGACUUUGUACAAAAGUCGAUUGUUUGGGUACCUCUGUUCCAUUCGUGUUUCAACCGUGAAGCAGUUGUGCUUGCAUGGCUGUGUUUCGGUUUGAACGGUGGGGUACGGCGUGAAUUUACUGGGUAGGAAUAACACCUGAGUCCUCAGGAAUGGCAACGCAUGGGGGGUAUCAUGGGUGAAACAGUAUACUCUGUUAUGUCCAUGGUACUGCUCAUGUCUAUGGCGAUGGUUACCACUUUACAUCAGGUGGGCCGUCAGCUUGUUUGCCAUUCUAAGUGGUAUUAAAAAAAAGGAUGGUAGCCGCUUUCCUUCAGGUUGGACCGUCUGCAUGUUUGUCUCCCUAAAAUAAAAAAAAAAUAGACAUCUAAUUAAUUCUAAUUCACUUUUUAAGCUGCAGCAGUUUAAGUAAUAUAAAAAUUAUAUAUUUGGAUAUAAAAAUAUGAGAGUUAAUUCGAUCAGUUCGUGACCGGUCUACCCGAUGUCCUUGAUGUACACUGUUCUAUUUACUUGAAUAUUUUCUAUGCUGUGGCAUUAGUUUCACUUUAAAUAUUUGUUCAAAGAGGAAAGCUUAGUACCGAACACUAAUAUAAUUAAUUCGCUUUGUUUCUACGUUUUUGUUUUUUAUGUAUAUAUGACAUAUUGGACAACUGCAAUUGGAGUACAUACUUUCUGAUUAUUUUUUAUAUCUGUGUCUAUCGUAGGAGUUUAUUCAUAAUUCUUACAUUAAAUUAAACGUCUAAAACUAUAAAUGAAACUUCUAAAUAUUUAUUGUUUAUAUAUUUUCGGGAAUGUGUUUAAUUUUUAAUAGAUUCUAUAAUAUCUGUUUUAAUAUAUGAAAUAUUAUUGAAUUUUGAAUUUUGAAUUAAAAAAAAAAUGUACUCUUGUAACUACAUUAAAUGUGCCAGUGUAGUGUAGUGUACUUAUCCCAAGAUUUGUUUGCCAUUUUUACUUUAUUUGGUAAAUUAAUUUAACCAGUAUAAAAUAUAUAUUUUAAUUGUAUGAAUUUAGUUGAACCAUGAAUUAUUUAGGUUAUUUUCCAUCUGUGUAUGUGGUUUAUCUAAAUAUCCGAUAAAUAUAUAUUUUAUAUAACUUUCUGACCAUCGUAAAGCCUGAAUAAGCGUAUAUAAACACUAAUCACCUAAGCUUUCCUCAAGAAAUAUUUAAAAGAAAAUUAUUUAGAGAUAUAUAACGCAACUUUCUGACGCUCAAAAUAUUUUUCAACGCUCUCUUGAAAUGUUCAUAUUUCCAAAUCGAUUAUCUACAGACACACACACACACACACACACACACACAUAAAACAGAAUUCAAUGUUCUUUUCACACUUUGAACUUUAACACCAUAUAAAUAAAAUUGAAUAUAGUCUGCUUAAGGGUCUGCGUGGACGAGGGACAGUUUUGAUAUCUGUCCUCUACUCGUUUUUCUGUUAUAUUAAUAAAAAAAGAUACCAAGAUCAUUCACAUACAAAGCCUACUUUUAAAUAAAACUAAAUCGUCCGGACGAUAUUUUUAUAUAUUUCGAUAUUUUUAUGAAAAAAAUACCGAAAUUAACAGUUUCGAGUUUUCUAUUUUUUUUUUUUUUUUACAUCUUUAACUUUUUUUUUGUUAGUACUUCUCUUAGUUAUUAGUUCAUUUAGAGUGACAAAGUUCCCCUCGUGUUUGCAAACCCUGAAGUUUCUUACUAACUUGUGUCUAUAAAGUAUGAAGUAAUAUGUUUACCUCCAUGAUUUGCCUGCAUUCGACGGCCUGCACCAUAUAGGUUCCAUGUAGCAUUUAGAAAUAAAUUUUUUAGUUUAUGAAAUAUUUUCCCCUCGCACUUAGAUGUGUAUGAUAUAUUUGUAAGGCGUUGCGGGGAGAAAAUUGAUUUUCCGUUGUACGGAACACUUUAGACUGUUGUAGGAUAGAUUAGUCACAACGUAUGAGUGAAAUUAUUACCACUAUAUUGUACCGAUUCGUCCUUUCAACGAACAAACGUGAAAUACAGGUUGUUUAAUAUAUAUUUUAUAUAAAAAAAAAUUAGUAAUUAAUAUUUGUGAAAUUGGAAAUCUUUCCUCAAUAUCGAUGUGUGAAAAAUAAAAAUAAUAAAUUUUGUUUAAUGUGGGAUUAUUUCCACACCAUAAGAAGAGAUUUCUUGCCCACUAUUACCACACUAGCGAAAUCUGUUAAAGAGUUUUAUUUCGAGUUUUUCGAGUAUUCCUAUAUUAAUGUGGGGAAGUGACUAAGGAAUAAAACAAAUACGACCAUAAAUACUUACUCGAUUUGUUUAGUUAACUUUUACUUACUAUUUCCACACUAUAAGAAGAGGUUUCUUGCCCACUAUUACCGUACUGGUGAAACUGAUAAAGAGUUUUAUUUCGAGUUUUUCGAGUAUUCCUAUAUUAAUGUAAGGUAGUGACUAAGGAAUAAAACAAAUACGACCAUAAAUAUUUACUCGAUUUCUCUAGUCACCUUUUUUUUUACAUUAUCCUAGGAAUAAAAAGUUCUAAAAUUCUAAAGAAUCAUUCUUAAUCUUUCGAACUAAAAAUUCAGUUCAAAUGAUGAAUGACAAGAUUCGAGUCAGAAUUACUUAAAUUUAGUUCCCGGUGGUCCGUGACAGAAUUCUCCGAAAAUUAUCGAUUUAAAAUAUUUUCCGAUGUGAAUUUAGAGAAAUUGACCUCAUUAUGUGCCCAUAAUAAUUGAUUUCUAAUAUCGAAAUUUCCAAAAUUGCAUUUCAUAUGUUCGAAUAACGUUGGGGGAAAAUUGUUCAAUUCUACAAAUAUUACUAUCGAGUUUUGGUUUCUAUACUCUUUCCAUUAAAAAAUGGUUAUUUUUUCAUUGUAAUUACAGUAUAUAAAAACUUUAAUACUGUAUUGUACAAUUGAAUACAGAAAUAUAUAAUGUAUUUUUACAGAAUUAUCACAAAUUAACUUUUUUAUAAUUUUGAUACAACCUUUUGUUUAUAUGAAGUUUCUAAUACAGUUAUGUCAUUUAAAUACAUUAAAUAUAUAUACGUACACAUAAUAUUUUUGUAAUAGAAUGUAUAUGGUUCACUAAUACAUAAUGGAGAUUCCUAACGCAAUCGUUACAAGGUAUUAAUGAGUUUUUUUUUUUUAUCUUAAUAAUAAAUUAAUUGUAACCAACUAUAUUUACAUUCAUGAAUUAACAACAUUAAGUCAAUGUAUUCCGUAAUAUGAAUGUUUUAAAGAAAUAUAAAAUUUCUUCUCAGUUUUAUUGUUUUUCCAUUGGUCAGUGAAUCGGAUAUUUGAGGUCGAUUUGGUACAAUACGGUCUUUGUAUAUGUGUAAGUACAUACAUGAUGUAAAUGUAUAAAAAAUAGGUUUAUUGUAACUGUGUCAUAUUAGAAUGUAAGUGUACUAUGCUACUUACCUAUACAUAUUACUAUAAUAAAAAGAAUUUUAAGAAAAUAUUAGUUGAAAAUUCAAUGUCUCACAUUUGGUGGAAAGAGAUUUCUUUUUUUACAUUUUUGUGAGCCACAGACUAUACAUAGCUGGCGAUGUAUAUACAUUUGUAAUUCAAUAUUUAGAGCAUUUUUGGUAUAAAGAUUAAAAAUAAAAAUUAUUGCAUUUAUAUUAUUAUUAUUAUUAUUAUAUAAAAAGUGAUUAAUUUCCCUCGGAAUGUUCUCGAUGGUUUGUUUUAUUCGACACAACUUUUUUUUUGUUAAUUACUUUUUAUUGUUAUUAUUAAGAAUUUUAACGUUGUUAAUCGCAAUACGACUCCAAGACUAUGAUUUUUAAAUUGUGCCUGCGUUGAUUGGAAUAUUGUAAUUCAAUAUAAAGAUCUAGUUAUUUUUAUUAGGACGACAACAACAUUAUGUGCUCUAUGACAAAAAAAAAUACAGAUAAAGAAUCACUUUUUUACAAUAUUGACCAGUGUGUAAAAUCUUAAAAAUAUCACAUAUGAUCAGCCGUACGAUUUUGCAUGAAAUCUAACUUUGUGCAAUAAUAAAACUAUGGGUACUGUAUAGUCUUCUAAAUAUAAAUUAGAUUUCUUUUUUUUAGAACUAAUUUUUUAAAGUAUUUCCUAAAAAAAACCAGUUAUUUUGAAUUUGAAUUUUGUUUCCUACAGAAGGAAUUUUUAUUUCUUUUUAUUUCUUUUUUUGUCUACAUUCUUUCUUUUACUUUGUAGUAUUUUUUUUCUCUAUUUUUAAUAAGUAAGCAAAACCGUGCCAAAACCAUCUAGAACUGUAAACAGAUUGCCAGGGAACCCGGCCUUCGCUUAUUGACACCACGUUUUUGAUACAGUUACAUACGUCCAUUUUGUUAAAGGAAAUUGCACUUAGUUUUUGUUAAUAUUAAGUCCAAUUUUCAAUAUUAAUAAAUAAUUAUUUCGUUGUUUUGAUUAAUAGAGCCUUGUUAUCAAUGUUAUUAGGUUCAAUUUUAUAUUUCUGCAUCUAAUAUAAAAAAAGCUAAGGUAGGCCCUCAUUUAUAGCAGCAAUAAAUAAUACAUGCCAGUAAUUAACUAACUUUUUUUUAUUAUAUCAUUUAAUGUUCUAUGUAGUCACGUUUUAUUUAAAAACCUUAGUAACCCAAUUUCACACUUGCACAGUCUGAGAUUCAAUGGCUGGUUAAGGCAAGCUUGUCUGAAAUAAAUUAAAAUGCUUACCCAAUAGGGUUACGUAAUAACGUGGAUUGAAAUUUUAGUUUUAUCUUAGUAUACAGGUUCGAUUCUUGGAUAACAGGAUUUGAAGCUGUAUAGAUACAGAUUGAAUGGUUUAUUACGCGGAGUAAUUUCUGUUAGUUAAUUUUAAGAAAUGCUCACGACUUAUAUGUCAUAAUUAGAUAAUCGAGUAAUUAAAGUGAACUAUAAAAUAGUGAAACAAAAUAAAACACCAUCGUAAAAAACGCAUGUCGUAUAAACAGUGUUAAAUUGACAUCAUAAGUCUCCAGGGAGUCCUAUCUGUGACAGUAAAUAUUUCCCAAAUGGACAUUGGUUGGGAAAUAACAAAAUUUUUAAACUAUCAUGACUUAAAUGCUUUGAAUGAGUUAUUAUGAGGUUGAAGGUUUUUUUUUUGUAUUAUUCGAUCCAUUUUUCUUUAGAGUAAAUAUUGUUACAUUGGUAUAAAAACCUUGGAAUGGUGCUGUUGGAAUAAAUUUUUCUAAAUUUAUAUUUGAAACUAAUAUUUUAAUUGGAAAAUUUCGUGAAAUUAUUGUUUUAUAUACAAUUAUCAACAUCAUCUCACCCAUUAUCUGUCCAUUGUUGAACAUAGGCCUCCUCCAUAGAAAAAUCUUGGGGAAAAAUUUUUAUAGGUUCUUACAAUAAAGGUUUCGCUGUUUAAAAAAAUGGUGCCUCAGAAUCGACCCUACUGAUUUAUAUUUCACUCUGUAUAAUAUUUAACAAUAAAUAUACACUAAUAUGUGUUUUUAAUGCACUUUCUUCCACACAUAACCACGCUUUGGAAUCGACUUUCAGCAACAGUAUUUCCGAACAGAUACGACAUUGUAAUCUUAAAAAAAAAACAAAUAUUCCUUUUUACUAGGCCUGCAGCAUACAAUGCUCACGGUAUUUUGCGUGCUAAUGCGUGGCGGUAAUCACUUACCAUCAGGUGAGACGCAUGCUCAUUCGCCCCUUGUGUAUAAUAAUAUAUACCAUUUAUUUUAGUGCUGUCAAUGUGCGAAGGUUCCGUGAACGAUCAGUAAUAAUUAUUAUGACUGUGCCAAAUUUAACUAUUGUAAAUGCGACGGUAUCUUAUAAAUAGCCUGUACCUCUGAAAGGUCUUUUAUGUUGAUAGAUUAUAUAAAUUGUUUUUAUGGUUAAGAGGUAAAGACACGGCUUACGAGCCCGUUAUAUUAUUUUGUAGAACGAAGGGAAAUGUGAAAUUAGAAAACUCAGUUAUUAGGUCCGGUCCCAUUAUCUUGUGUUCAGUUGAACCAAUAUUAUUUUAAUAAACAACUUAAAAAUUGUA